AUGGCGUCAUCCCAAGCGCAGCGCGCCGCCCCCUCCACAGUGCCAGAGCAACCCCAGCAACCCCAAAGUCAGAAGUUAACUCCCGCCGAACUCGAAGCCAAGCUCGACCUAGCAAUGUCCCUGCUCCUCUCCGACUGGCCCGACAUGACCCUCGCGGUAACCAACAACUGGGGCGGCCCCGACUCCUCCGACAAGCGGGACUACCUCGCCGGUGCGCUCUCAACUCUGCUCAUGGACCCUGCCGUCGACGCCGGAGACGUCCAGGAAGUGCUGCUGCAGUACAUGGCGGAUGAGUUCGAAGUCGACCUUGACGACGAUAGCGAGGAGGGCAUCGCCGAGAGGGCGAUAGGAUUGAGGAGGGAGAUUGUGGCGGGGGAGUUUGGGGGGUUGGAGAGGUUGUACAAGAAGUGGGAGGAGAGAGGGGGCAAGGCGGUUGCGCCGAAGAAUCUGCAGGUCAUCGAGCACGGGGACCACGACGACGAAAUGGAUAGUGACGAUGAGGACGAUGAUGAGGAUGAGGACGUUGAGAUGGAUGGGGUUGAGGACGCCGCGCCACAGCUUGUGAAGGCGAAGCCGGAGCCGGAGGUCGAUGAGGAGGGGUUUACGAAGGUUGUGGGUAAGAAGAAGCGCUGA